AUGUCGGCGGAAAAGGAAUUUCAGACGUCCGUGGUGGAAGAGACGGAUUCGGCAAGCAGAGUCGACCCGUCCAAGGAGGCGGAUGCUCAAGAUGUUCUCCUCAUUGACGCCAGUGAAGAAGAAUUGCGCCGCGUGCGAUGGAAAGUCGACUUGAUUCUCAUGCCCUUGUUGUCGUUUUGCUACAUGUUGCAGUUCUUGGAUAAGCAGACGCUCAAUUUCUCUACUCUGCUCGGGAUCCUCGAAGACACGAAGCUUCAAGGAUCAGAAUAUUCAUGGACAGCCGCCAUUUUCUACUUUGGAUACUUGUUAUGGUCGUAUCCCACCACGUACUUUGCCGUGAGAACUCCCAUUGGGAAAUACCUCUCCAUCACAGUCUUGCUGUGGGCCGUGGUUGUCAUAUGCCAUGCAGCCUGUAAGAACUUUGCGGGUUUAAUGGUUGUCCGGUUCAUGUUGGGCGUCACUGAAUCGGCAGUCGCCCCUGGCUUCUCUUUAAUUACCGGCAUGUGGUACACUCGCAGAGAACAGCCCCUCCGCCACGGUAUCUGGUUCACCGGCUCGUGUUGCGCCAGCUUGUUCGGUGGUGUUCUUGCAUAUGCUAUCGGACAUAUUACUGGAGCCCUGUCACCAUGGCGCUACUUAUUCAUCAUCUUCGGGGCUGUCACCGCCCUUUGGGGAGUUGUACUGCUUGUCUUCCUUCCGGAUAGACAGUCGAACGCCAUCUGGCUGAAUGCCCGCGAGAGGAAAGUCGCCGUUCGACGAGUCAUGGAGAAUAAACAGGGUAUCAAGCAAGGAAAAUACCAGAUCUAUCAAGUGGUCGAAGCCUUCAAAGAUCCAAUCAACUGGUGUCUUUUCCUCUACUGCUUUUGCGUGAACAUUGCAAAUGGGGGCUUGACAGCGUUCGGAUCCCUGGUCAUCCAAGGUUUCGGAUACGAAGGUCUUUCUGCUCUCCUGAUCCAGAUGCCUACUGGUGCUGCACAGAUUGGGUUCGUUAUUGCAUCCUCUCUAGCGUGCACGUAUUGGAAAGGCAUAAGGACUGUUGUCAUGCUGGUGCUGUGUUUGAUUAGUUUAGUUGGAAUGGUACUGAUGUACGCUCUCGAUCCCGCAAACCGCUCUGGACGAUUGGCAGGGUUUUGCUUGUCGCUCGCGUUUUCUGCCAACAUGCCAUUAGGCCUCUCUUUGGUGGCCAGCAACGUUGGCGGAUUCACAAAGAAGGCUGUGGUCAACGCUUGCGUCUUCGUCAUGUACUGUGUUGGCAAUGUGGUUGGCCCCCAAUUUUUCAGCGUCGACGAGGCACCGCGCUACAGCCGUGGUUUGAAAGCUAGUCUUUCUGGAUUUGCGUUGGGUGCUUUCUUUUUGCUCCUGUUGGGAAUUUAUAUGAAAUGGGAGAACAUGCGUCGAGACAGAAAAUAUGGAAAAGUGGACCAGCAAGAGAAUAAUCCCAACAGCGAGGAUGAGCUUUUGCUCAGCCUAGAGGAUAAGACGGACUGGGAAAUGGAGCGCACUUUCAGAUACCUUCUUUAG